CAUUGGGACAACUGGCCAUCUCAGAGAGAGGGGACCGGCCAGAUAUGUAGAUAGUUUUUCUCGAAUAUUGGUUAUUUGGCAAGGUUGAUGCAUUUAUAUCUACCACUUUAAGGAAAGGAGGGCAUAUUUGGCAUCUUAAAACGCUACAAUUUGGCAAAAUGGCGGACAGGAAGGCCGAACUGGAGCGCAAGAAGUUGAAGCUCCAACAAAUGAGAGAGGAGAAAAAACGAAAAGAGGAGGAAAAAAAGAGGAAAGAGCAAGUAGAGGCAGAACCAUCUGGUAAAGGUGCAGCUCAACCAGAAGACCUCAGAGCAGAAACAGAGCAGAUGCUCAAAGAUUUGGGAAUACCAGCAACAGUGCCAUCACAACAAGCUCCUCAAAAGACUGAACCUGUAACAAGCCGGUCUGUGCCGCAACCUGCCGUAAACGCUGCUGCACCACCAGGUCAACGUCUACCAGCAACUCCUGUCAAACUAGGCAUUUCCAAACUCACCCAGACCACUAUCCCACCCAAAGAACACAUCACUUAUAGCAAGGAGACACAGACCAUCAAUGAUAGCAUACAUGACAGAGAUGGGAGAGGACCUUGGGAUUACUAUGUUCUUACCUUCGACGACAACCAUCUAGAUGAUGACCUCGACAUGGAGCCACGUUCUCCGCCUGCGCACGUGCAUGGGAUGCCCCACGUGGAGAUGUUCAAGCCUGCGCAACAGGAUGUGCAGCAGAAAGAAGAGAAGAAAGAGGAGAGAAGAAAAGUCCGUGAGCUUAGUGAAGAGGAAAAGCAGCAGAUUAUGAUGUCAGAAGACUUCGUGCGAUUUUUCGAUCGCAGCACCCGCUUAAUUGAGCGUGCUUUGGCAGAGGAUGUCCCCAAUAUUUUCGUGGAUUAUUCAGGCACUGGAGAGGACCAAGAAGGGGAUGCGCAGGGAGGAGUGAGACUCAAGAUCAGCAGAGAGUUCUAUGAUGAGAGGUGGUCAAAGCACCGGUCAGUCACGUGCUUGGACUGGUCAACACAGUACCCAGAGCUUCUGGUUGCCUCCUACAACAUGAAUGAAGAUGCUCCACAUGACCCGGACGGUGUCUGUUUGUGGUGGAACAAAAACUUCAAGAAAACAACUCCAGAGUACAUCUUCCACUGUCAGUCUGCAGUAAACUCGAUAUGUUUUGCCAGAUUCCACCCUAACCUGGUGAUAGGUGGGACAUACUCGGGACAGAUAGUGCUGUGGGACAACCGUAGCAACAAGAGGACACCUGUUCAGAGGACACCCCUCUCAGCAGUGGCACAUACACAUCCAGUGUACUGUGUCAAUGUGGUCGGCACCCAGAAUGCGCACAACUUGAUCAGUGUGUCCACAGAUGGAAAAAUUUGCUCCUGGAGUCUUGAUAUGCUGUCACAGCCCCAGGACAGUAUGGAGCUACAGCACAAGCAGACCAGAAAUGUUGCGGCCACCUGUAUGUCCUUCCUGUCCAGUGAUGUGAAUAAUUUCAUUGUGGGCAGUGAGGAGGGGGCAGUAUACACGGCAUGUAGACAUGGAAGCAAAGCAGGUAUAGGUGAGAUGUUUGAGGAGUGUCACCAGGGUCCUGUCACUGGAAUAGACUGUCACUCUGUCCAGGGAGCCAUUGACUUCUCCCAGCUCUUCCUUACUUCCUCCUUUGACUGGACAGUGAAACUGUGGAGUGCAAGGGAACAAAAGCCCUUGUACUCGUUUGAAGACAAUAGUGACUAUGUGUAUGACGUGGCCUGGUCUCCUAUCCACCCUGCUCUCUUUGCCAGUGUGGACGGGAUGGGAAGACUGGAUCUCUGGAACCUCAAUAAUGAUACAGAGGUUCCCACGGCAAGUGUUGUCACAGAUCCAACCAUAGCACUGAAUAAAUGUCGCUGGCACCAAAAUGGGCACCAGAUUGCAGUAGGUGACGACAUGGGCAAGAUCUAUAUAUAUGACAUAGGGGAGAACAUUGCCAAUCCCAAGAUGGACGAGUGGUCUCGUAUGGUGCACACGCUACAGGAGAUGAAAGCCAAUGCUGCUGACACUGAGGACGACCUGACGAGUCAGACUUCUUCACCCCUGCGAUAGCACAGAGAACAUUAAAUUACUCAACCAAAUGUGUAUGAAAACUAUAUAUUCCUGUUUGUAUUGGAUAUACACUUUUCUUGGUAAUAUGAAAACACUUUAUGGACCAUUGGGCAUAUAUUGUGAGAGUAAAAAUGUGUUCAGACCACACAAAAGUUGUAAACCUACUCGAAAUCUCAUUGCCAAAAGAAUUUUCAGGUUCUUCUCAUGCUUGUGUAGAAGUAGGCUUAAGCUUGAGGUUAAUAUAAAAUUAUUGCAAAUCUGAAUGGUAAAUAUGUAAGUCAAUUUAAGUAUAAUUAUUCACUUUCUUCCAAUAAGGGAUUUUAAAUUAUUUGUUCUGAAAACAUAUGUACUGGAAUGAUUGAAGCAAACAUAGGUGUUUUACUAGUGAGCACUAACAUUGAAUGAAGAAGAAAGUAACUUGGACACAUAAAAGCAGGUAAACAAAGUCCCCAGUACAUAUGUUGUGUGUAGUGUCCUUCGAGCCAAGUAAUGGCUGCCCAGUGUAAAAUAGAUCUUCCAUAACAGGAAAAAAGAAGUUUAACUUUUAAGUCUUGGCAUUUGCAUUCAUGGUCAAAUACUAAUUUUUCAAAGUUUUUCCUCUCAGUGAAAUGAAAAUAGUAAGAACUGGUGCUGUUCUUUCUUGUGAAUGAUUCAGCCUAAAAGCAAAUUAUUCAGUGAGACAGCUACUCUUUAGAACAUAUGGCAAAAACAUUAGUUAUGAGUAAUUUCAUUUACCUAUCAAUCCAUAAGAAUCAAGGUCAGUAUGGUAGUAACUGCCUUAAAUAGUUUGAAAAUACAAAAACCAGUGAAGUUGUUUGUGCAUUCCUGCAGUAUAUUUAUUUAGCAAUUUAAAAUAUAAAACUAUUGCUGUUUAUCAUUUUAGCAGUGUAUGCUGACAAUUUAACUGUGGCAGAAUUUAAGUCAGAAGUUAACACAAGCUUCACAAAAAUGCGAACAAGCUUUGGUGCCUUGUAAAGAUGGAAAGGACUCAUGAUAAAAAGUGGUAAACGUAUUACCAUAGCCUCUGGAAAAUUUUAAAAUAUAAAAUUGACAUUCAGCUUAUAUUUUGUCAAUGUAAUGACUUCAUACAGCAACUUGAGUGCUCAGACCGUGAUGUUGGACAAAAAGAAGCUAUUUCACACUGAAUGUUAUUGUGGUUUGCAGCAAUGUCACCCAUAGCUGAACAAAGAUAAUCUGGCCUAUUGCUCACCUUAAGACAAUGUUCUUAUUUACUGACCUAAUAAAAAGAACCACAUCUGACAAAGUUGAUAAAUGGUUUUAUUUUCAUUAUCCUCCAGAUGACACAUGAAGUUGAUUGAGAUAAUUGUCUUAAUCUAUAGAAUAUUAUGUUAUGUGAAAGCCUGCUUUCAUGAUGUAUUGUUUGCCCCAUUGUUCUUGUGUAUUUACAAACUUUGGCAUUAGUCGCAAAAUAAAAAUGCACCUUUUCUCAUAGCAAAUAUAAUACUUUAAUUUGAGAUUUAAGAGGCACUUUGAAUUCUUGAAGUGUCAAAUUAUUAUUUUAGGAAUGAUGCAAGUACAUAACAAGAUGCUGAUUUUAUCACUAAUAAAAAAAUCUUGAUAUUGUUUUAAUUGAAUAAACAUACUAGAAGAGCAAUAUCAUGGAAAAAAAUUAUCUUUACUUUUUUUAAAUAAGAAACUGUACCCUUCAAGUAAAUAUUUUUGAGUAUUUUGGCACUUGAAAAUUCUGGUUAAUAUAUCUGAAUAAAAAUAACACCACUACAUGUCAUCUAUAAUUCUUAAAAAAUCGGGGAAAAUAUACAAAAUUCAUUAUUAAAAAUCCAGCAGGAUGUUUUCAUGUAGUGGACCCAUAACUCAUUGGGAUAACUAAUUAAAGUGAGGCAACAAUACUGCAAUACAGUAAUGUCUAAGCCCUAACUUUGGGUCUAUAUAAAUUGCGGAAAUGGCUUCAUAUAAUUUUUUGCACAUUAUAUUGAAGAAACUAAAUUAAAAUAAAGAUUAUUUCUAAAAAUGGCACAAAGUAUGUGCACAUUGGGGUCAUCAUUUAUUGUUCAAUGCUCUUUGAUGGCAUGUACUAAAUUCAACUAUAACAGCACAAUCAGUUCAACUAUAUAAUCUCCCUUUCCAAUACUUCCCUGCAUCGGGUCAAUCUGAUAAAGACAGAAAAGAAAAGAUAAACACAGCAAACUACAGGGCACUGGUGAUCAAUUGUUAGUCAAAACUAAAAUCUACUUUUGGAUGUACUUGAAAUCUACAUAAAUGACAAUGUUUUUGUUCAUUAGAUUAAAACUAAAUUUACCAGACAAAAUGUUUUCAUUGUGUCACAAAAACAGUAGUCUGUACCAAAUAAGGCUUUCAUUGAUUGUCUUUGCACCUUUAAAUGUAACAAUAAAAAUAUUUUGUAAAAAAAAAAGUUUAAUACAAUAUAACAAAGUUUAACAUUCACACUGUUCAAGAUUGCAUUUUCUGUGCAAUUGUCAUAAAAUUGAGCAAUGCCAAUAAAAUGAUUUUACCCAUAACUUGCAUACAGAAACUAAACACUGCAAUACACCUUUUAUCUUGCUCUAACUUAUUUUGUUUAAAGCAAGAAGCAAAAAUAACACCCAAAUCAUAAUAAAAUAAAAAAUUUAAUUAAAUAAAUAACCCAAAAUAAAAUAUAUUGCCCAUGAACAACAAAAUAUUUUGCUAUGAUACAUAUAGCUAGGCCCUUUUCACACAUACUUAUCUUUAUUGCAACUUUCAGAGAUUGAUAACUUAAUUGCCUGUUGUGAGUAAUUUUGAUUGGCCUUAACAGUUGGAAGCAAACUUUGAGAAUUGGAGCAAACCACCCUGUAUAGAUUAUUUCAUGUAGGGACCAGUCAAAACAUUGCAAUACAGGUAAGUGUUUCACUUGAUGUAAAAAGGACCUCAGACCUAAGUCACUGCUGAUUAUAUCAUGCUAGUACAAUCAAAAGGUUUAUUCUUUUCAGCAACUAAUCCUAUCUAUCUUAUGAAUCUCAUUAGCAUCCACACUCUGUGACAAUUUUUCUGUUUCA